GUCGGAAAUUCUUUUCUACCUUAAUUUGAACCGAAAACCCGGAGAUCGUGCACAUGGAGUAAAAAAUUAUUAAAAAGUCGCGAGUUUACGCGAUUGUGAGAAACAUUAUUUCGGUAUAAACAUAAUCGGAAUACUGUUGAAUCAUCGUGAGUAUUUGGCGAAAUUAAUCUGCUGGUAGGUCGUGAACGUCACACGUCGUUAGACGAAUCACUCUCAAGACUUGGGGGAAAUAUUUGUUGUUAGUCGGGUCACUGUGGGGUUAUCACGAGAGAUUCGCAGAGGCAUUUUGAUUUGCUAAAACCCCGUAUAAAAGCCGCGGAGGACGGCAGUGUGGAGCAUUGUUUCGCGAACAAUCUCUAAGAACUUAUCGUUCCUUCGUCAAAGCAGCGAUACGAUUGUAUAAAGAGAAUCGCUCCAAGAAAUUUGAAGUGAACAUCCAAGAAGCAUAAGAAGAAAGCAUUGCGCGACACAAUAGGUGAAAAAUAUCAAAUCAUCCCCCUCUGAUUGGUAUCGGAUAUCGAAACGAUGGCGCUUUACUCGGCGUUCUUUCUUGUUGAAUUCUUGGGGAUAAUAAUUGCGGUCCUCUGUGCCAUUUACGUCUACUUCAAGUAUGUGGCCUUCGAUUAUUGGAGUUCAAGAAAUGUCGUCUCCUAUGAGACGAUUGUUCCUUUUGGCAGUAUGUGGCCUGUGUUUUCAGUCAAAUAUUCGAUGGGUGAAUUUUUCCGCGAUGCCUACUUGAAGUUUAAGAAAAAUCCUUUUUUCGGUGUCUACACCUUUUACAAGCCUGCGCUUGUGAUCAACGAUCCCGAUAUCAUACGCCUUGUUCUGACAAAGGAUUUUACGCACUUUCACGAUCGUGGAGUAUAUUCCGAGGAAAAGAUCGAUCCUCUGUCGGCACAUCUGUUUGCGGUCCCUGGUGCGAAAUGGAAGUACUUGAGGACCAAGUUUAGCCCCACAUUCACUUCAAGUAAAAUGAAGCAAAUGUUUUUCACCGUCAAAGAUUGUUCUGAGACACUCGCCGCGUUUGUGGCGGAUAAAGCGAAGAAUUCGGAAUUGGUCGAAGUGAAAGAUCUCGUAGCAAGGUUCUCCACCGACGUUAUAGCCUCAACGGCCUUCGGUCUAGACUGCAAAAGCAUUGAAAAUCCUGAUGUGGAAUUUCGAAAGAUGGGUCGAAAAGCUUUUGCGACCAGACCAUUGACAAAUUUUCUAUCAUUUUUCGCCCCGUCCAUAUUGAAAACAUUCCGUAUGCCUGUAACCGACAAGGAUGUUACCAAGUUCUUUAUCAGUGCAUUCAAGGAAACCGUCCAGUACAGGCAAGCCAAUAACAUAGUUCGAAAGGACUUCAUGGAUCUUAUCAUGCAGCUGAUGAACAAAGGCUACGUGAAAAAUGACGACGAGCUGAAACCGGCGCAAUCAUCAGCGCUUGACUCUGAAAGAAUCACAAUGAUGGAAGGAGCUGCUCAAGCUUUCGUCUUCUGGUUGGCUGGCUUCGAGACAUCUUCAUCAACCGUGACCCACUGUCUUUACGAGUUGGCGUUACAUCAAGACUUGCAAGACAAAGUGGCCGAUGAAAUAAACACAGUUCUACAAGAAUUAGGAGGCGUAUCUUACGACAGCGUCAAGGCGAUGCCCUACCUUGCCAAGGUCGUUGACGAAACCCUGAGAAAGUAUCCAUCAGUACCAAUUCUGAACAGAGAGUGCACGAAAAAGUUUGAGCUGCCCGGCACUGGUUUGCGCAUCGAAAAAGGGACUGCGAUAGUCAUCCCAGUCCUCGGGAUUCAAUCGGACCCAGACAUUUAUCCAGAACCAGAAAAGUUCGACCCCGAACGAUUCAAUGAGGAGAACGUCGCAAGUAGACAUCAGUACACUUAUUUACCGUUUGGUGAGGGGCCGAGGAACUGCAUCGGCAUGAGGUUCGGUCUGGUACAGACGAAGGUUGCGAUCAUCAGUUUGCUUUCCAAAUACCGUUUCAAACCUGGACCAAAUCUGAAAGUACCGAUGGUCAUGGACAAAGGAAAUCUCGUGCACUGCCCUGACAGUAAUGGAAUAGUGCUUCGCAUCGAAGAGCGACAUCUCUGUGUUGGACCGAACGUGAGGUGGCCUUUCUUUCUAACAAUGGGGUUUCUUUCCUCAUACUUUGUUGUUGAUUUUUUGGCAGUAUUAAUCGCCAUUAUCUUCUCGACGUACCUGUACAUGAAAUAUGUUGUUUACAACUACUGGAGUUCGAGAAACAUCGAUUACAUCAAGCCGGUAGUUCCGAUCGGCAACUUGGGACCACUUUUCGCCGGGCAGCGAUCGAUCGGCGAACUCUUCCACGAUGUCUACGCGAAGUUUAAAAAAAUCCAGGUCGUCGGUAUCUACAUUUUUCACAGGCCGAGCCUCGUCGUCAACGACCCAGACUUGAUACGUCUUGUGCUCACAAAAGAGUUUUCGCACUUCCACGAUCGUGGUUUACACUCCAAUGAAAAGGUCGACCCCUUGUCGAUGCACUUGUUUGUUGUGCCUGGCGAAAGGUGGAAGUACUUAAGGACCAAGUUCACCCCUACAUUCACUGCGAGUAAAAUGAAGCAGAUGUUCUUCACGAUCAAAGAAAGUUCCGAGACACUGGCCACGUUCGUCGGAAGAAAAGCCAAGAAUUCCGAAUUGAUAGAGUUCAAGGAUCUCAUAGCGCGGUACGCCACAGACGUUAUAGCCUCGGCGGCUUUCGGAAUAGAGUGUAAUAGCAUCGAGAAUCCGGAUGCAGACUUUCGAAAAUGGGGACGCAGGAUUUUUCAACCCAGACCCCUAAAAAACGUGGUGGCACUUAUGGUCCCAUACCUGUUGGACGUAUUCCGUAUUCGCGGAGUUGACAAGGAAAUAGCGGACUUCUUCAUCGGUGCAUUCAAGGAAACGGUGGAGUACAGGAUGGCUAACAACGUAGUCAGAAGAGACUUCUUAGACCUGGUUAUGCAACUGAUGCAGAAAGGUUCGGUACAGAAUGAUGAUGGGAAAAAAACAACGGCAUCGAUAGAGACUGAUACCAAGAAAAUCACCAUAAUUGAAGGAGCUGCACAGGCCUUCGUAUUCUGGGCAGCCGGUUUUGAGACGACCUCUUCAACCGUUACCCAUACGCUUUACGAAUUGUCAGUGCAUCCGGAAAUACAGGACAAAGUGGCCAAGGAGAUUAACACAGUAAUUGAAGAAUUCGGUGAAAUAUCUUACGAUAGCGUCAAGGCGAUGCCGUACCUUGACAAAGUCGUUGCCGAAACGCUGAGAAAGUAUCCACCGGUGCCGAUGCUGAACAGAGAGUGCACAAAAGAUUUUGAGAUACCCGGCGUUGGCCUCCGUGUCCAAAAAGGUGUUUCGAUAGUCAUCCCGACUCUCGGACUCCACAUGGACCCCGAAAUAUAUCCAGAGCCUGAAAAAUACGACCCCGAACGUUUCACCGAAGAGAAUAUCGCCAGUAGACAUCAGUACAGUUAUCUUCCGUUUGGCGAAGGGCCGAGGAUCUGCAUCGGUAAGAGGUUCGGUCAGGUACAGACAAAGGUUGCGCUUGUCACUUUGCUCUCUAAAUACCGUUUCAAACCUGGACCGGGUUUGCAAAUACCGCUGAUAAUGGACAAAGGAAAUCUCGUGUAUUGCACCAGAGAUGAAGUAGUGCUUCGCGCCGAAGAGCGAUAAUGUACAUUGGCUGUACUUGUAAAAGUAAAAUAGAAAAUGCUAGUCUUUUCAUGACAAAAGGUGAUCCUUAUUUGGUUGUGGAGAAAUUUAGAUUGGGACGCCACUCCAAUCUGUUCAAAAUCAUUGAACAAAUCUCUGUGUAAAGUCUCAAGCCGCUACAUCAACCGGAAGACGUGCCUCAAGACUCCGAAAGCUUGAAAUGAAAAAUACCAGUGAUUUUUAUAACAAUUUAUUUCGUUUUUUAUGACUUUGGUACAAAUAAAAAGAACGGUUUGAAACUUG